AUGGCAGUCUCGAAUACCCGCAAGCGCGUUCGCUUUACUAAAAAGGUUGUUGCCUAUGAGGCUCCUGAGGAGGCUGGCGAAAAGGAGGACGUAUGGUACAGCCCGCAAGAAUUGUUCAACCAGAAGAAGGAAAUAUUCGUGGCAGUCCAAUAUAAAGACACAGAGAAAGCCGAUCCCAACUACAACUGGCGUGGGUUGGAGCAUUACCAGACUGGCACUCCAACAUUUCACUUGGAAAAACGCCAAGAUUUUGUAUGCGAGUUCUUGUCGCUGCAGCACGAUUUGCUGCAACGAGAAAUAAUGGAGCAAGACGAUCCUCUGAGUCUGUUUGCCGCCAACAAGAGCAAGCAUAAUCGCAAGGAAGCAAACAAGAGGGCCAAGCAAGAUGAAGCAGAAGCCAACAAGAUUUAUAAGUCAAGCAAUCUCAUCCAUUGGAGACAAAACUCCAAUGAAAAAGACACCAUCUCCGCUAAAAUGGCCUUCAUGAUGUCCAUGGUCAAGGGAUUCCGACCGGGCAAUGUCUCCAAGUUUGCUCAGACUGCAUAG